AUGGCCAAAAAGAAAAUCUUGAUGCUGGUUGGAGACUAUGUGGAAGAUUACGAGGUGAUGGUUCCAUUUCAGAUGCUUCUGAUGGUUGGGCACGAAGUACAUGCCGUGUGCCCAGAUAAGCAAGCCGGCGACACUGUUGUCACUGCGAUCCAUGACUUCGAAGGUGAACAGACCUACAGCGAAAAGCGAGGACACAACUUCCAGCUCAACGCCACAUUCAAUGACAUUGAACUGGAAGAGUACGACGCGCUGGUGAUCCCUGGCGGUCGAGCGCCCGAGUACUUGCGGUUGAAGCCGAGCGUGAUCGAGAUCGUCGAGCACUUCGAUGCCGAGGGAAAGCCGAUUGCGGCGAUAUGCCACGGACCUCAGUUGCUGGCCUCCGCAGGUGUGCUGGCCGACAAGGAAUGCACGGCCUAUCCGUCGGUGGGGCCCGAUGUGGCUUCGACCGGUGGGCGGUGGAUCGAACCUUCAGCUGAUAUGGACAAUGCCCACGUCGAUGGCAACCUGGUCACCGCGCCUGCUUGGCCCGCUCAUCCAGCUUGGAUUCGUGAGUUCCUCAAAGUGCUGGGUACGAAGAUUACGUUGUAG